AUAUAAUUGACACUAGGUGUAAUGAUUGAUUUUGAUGGGAUGUGAGAACCUUUACUUAACACCAGCUGACAUAAAGUUAUUGGUGAUUUAACAGAAUUUCACUUCAUUCAGGAGGAUUUAAGUUCAGAUUUUCAAUCAAUUGAAUUUACAUUUGAAGGAAUUUGGAUAAAAUGUCAAUAGAUUGUUAAUAGUGAUGGUGGAUUAAAAUAUUUCCAAAUGUCCUACAGGUCGUCAUCUUCUUUCCCUGAUAUUCCUGAUAUGGGGCUGUCAACAGUUUCAGGGUCAGAUUCCAAAUCGGACUUGUCCAACAACACACAAGACCCCAAGAUGGACAAGGUCUAUUACGAAUAUCGGAAGACCUUGAUGACAACGUCCCGAGCCAAUGAUGAUUUAGGUAUUGAUAUGGAAGAGGAUAGCCUCGGUAUGGGUGUCGUUCGUAAAGAAGUCGAUCUCACAAAUGACGAAAAGCAAUAUCUUCUAGCCGUGGAAAGAGGAGACAUUCCCUCGACACGGCAAUAUUUAAACAUGGGAUUACAAACUGGACUAAAUAUAAACUGUGUGGAUCCAUUAGGACGUACCGCCUUACUUAUCUCUAUUGAGAAUGAGAAUAUAGAAAUGAUAGAAUUGUUACUGAGUAAUAAUGUGGAGUUAGGUGAUUCAUUGUUACAGGCAAUAAAUGAGGAGAACGUAGAGGCUGUGGAAUUAUUACUCAAUCAUGAGGUGGCUACUAAAGGAGAAGAGGCAUUACUCCAGAGUGCACCCAGCAGCUCAUUCACACCAGAUAUCACACCUAUCAUUCUUGCUGCUCACAGAGACAAUUAUGAAAUCAUCAAACUUUUAUUGGACAGGGGUUACAGAAUACCUAAGCCCCAUAAUCUUAGGUGUAAUUGUAAAUAUUGUCUACGUGAAAGCCAAGAUGACUGUUUACGACAUUCUCGUUCUAGGAUAAAUGCCUAUCGUGCUUUAGCUAGUCCGUCUUUGAUUGCUCUGUCCAGUAAGGACCCAAUACUUACUGCCUUUGAAUUAAGUUGGGAAUUAAGACGAUUGAGUAACUUAGAAAAUGAAUUUAAAUUUGAAUAUGAAAGUUUGGGUAAAAAGUGUCAGGAAUUUGCUACGGAUUUAUUGGACCAAACAAGAGGAUCUAAAGAGCUGGAAGUUGUGUUAAAUCAGGACAAUACACCAGCAUGUAAUCCACACAUGGAACCAAUUGUUGAACCUCCUGUGCAGGAAAAGCUCAAACUUAGCCGUCUCAAACUCGCUAUCAAGUUUAAACAGAAAAAGUUCAUUGCUCAUCCAAACUGUCAGCAGCUACUAGCCUCUCUUUGGUAUGACGGUCUUCCAGGGUUCCGUCGGAGGAACAUUGUUAGUCGAACAUUUCUUACCAUCUGUAUAGGAGUAUCGUUUCCCUUCCUUUCACUUUUCUAUUUGGUAGCACCAAAGAGCUUCCCUGGAAAGUUGUUAAGGAAGCCGUUUAUAAAAUUUAUGUGUCACAGUUCGUCUUACUUCACAUUCCUAGUAUUGCUCAUUUUGGUUUCCCAGCGAGUCGGAGUAAGUAAUCCAAAUAGAGUCCAUCCAAAUGGCCAAGCAUCAACGGUGGAUUAUGAUUAUGCCAAGAUUUAUCAGGAGAAGAGAGGGGCACCUGCCACUAACAUAGAAUGGAUGAUUUUAGCAUAUGUAGCAGGCUACAUAUGGGCUGAAAUUAAACAGCUAUGGGAUGAGGGUGCAUAUGAGUACGUUCAUGACAUGUGGAAUAUUUUAGAUUUUGUUACAAACUCAUUGUAUAUAGCUACACUAACUCUCAGGGUUAUAGCUUACGUGCAGGUUCAAAGAGAGAUAGCAGCAGGUCAUAAGGAAUUAGCAGAACUAGAGAGAAAACACUGGAAAGCUUAUGAUCCUAAUUUAAUUGCUGAAGCCCUUUUUGCAGCUGCUAAUAUAUUCAGUUCAUUAAAACUCAUUUACAUAUUCACUGUGAAUCCACAUUUAGGGCCAUUACAGAUAUCAUUAGGACGUAUGAUUCUAGACAUAUUGAAGUUUUGUGGUGUAUAUAUUCUUGUGUUGUUUUCAUUUGCUUGUGGAUUAAAUCAUCUUUAUUGGUACUAUGCAACGUUGAGAGCUCAGGAGUGUGAUGCAGACCCAACAGGCCAGCAUGAUUCUUGUGAUCGCAAGUUCAAAAGUUUUGCAAAUCUGUUUGAAAUAUUGCAGACCUUAUAUUGGGCUAUUUUUGGAUUGGUUGACCUAUCUCAUGCUGAGUUGCAAGGGAAACAUGAGUUUACAGAAUUUGUGGGAAAAUUGAUGUUUGGCAGCUACAGUUUCUUAGCUUUUAUAGUUUUGUUAAAUCUAUUGAUUGCUAUGAUGAGCAGUUCAUACAUUAAUAUAUCUAGUCAAGCAGACGAAGAAUGGAAAUUUGCAAGGUCCAAGUUAUGGAUGAGUUAUUUUGAAGACACUGGGACAUUGCCAUGUCCAUUUAAUAUUAUACCCAGCCCAAAAACAUUUGUAUACUUGACGGGCUGGUUUAAAACUAAAUUAUGUGCUUGCUCAACACAACAGAAAAGAAACAGAUGGCAAAGCAUUAGAAAAAUUGUAAAGAAAAUAAAUGAAAAAGAAGUGAGAUAUCAGAGUGUGAUGAAAGAUCUUGUUAAGAGAUACAUCAUGCAGAAACAGAGAGGUCCAUUGAGGGGUGAAGGUGUGACAGAGGAUGAUAUUACAGAAAUUAAACAAGAUAUAUCAUCGUUCAGAUACGAAUUAUUAGAAAUCUUGAAAAAUAAUGGAAUGAAAACACCCAAUCCGAACCAGGGGAAAACAUCAAAUCGUAGACUGUCCAGAAAAAGAAGUCAAAUGUCAAUGGAAAGACUUAAACGCUCAUUUAAAAUGGAUACAAUAAAAGAAAAGGAAAAUGGGUCACAAGGAAUUUCUAUGGAAGUGCCAACAACUGUAAUAACUAGUGAUCCUUCAUCACCAAAAUCUACAUCGCCGUUAAAAACUUUCCCCGAUACAAUUUUUGAAGAAAAAUCUGAACCAUUCAAUAAACAAAAGAGCAGAUAUGAUCUUGAACGAGAACACAUACACGAGGAAGAACGUGCUCGAGAACACAAACACAUAUCAGACCCUAACACUCAACGGUCAAAUAAUCAUAAAUCAGUUUUCCGUCUAAGUACUCUGCAGAAAGGUGAUGAAGGUCUUGGUGAAUCACUUGACCUAAAUUCUGAACAGAGUGAUAGUAGUGUUAAAGCAAGUGAUAAAUUUGGAAAUGACACAAUGUCUCGACUCCAAGUCCCUUCAGAUGAUAAUAGUGUUGAUCAGGUGGAACAGCCUUCUUGUAGUUUUGAUUUUUAUUUUUCUGAUAUGUUCAGUGAUGAUCCCAGCGAUGGGAAGCCAUCAAAACGUGUUACAUUUUUAUGAUUCAUCGGUCAUUAAUCUGUCAUUCUCUAAGGCCAAAUGAAAAAUAUUUGUAUUUCUUCUAAAUGAUGAAAAUAACACUUUAUAAAUUUUGUGCAUUGAAGCACUUUUCUGGAUUUACCUAUACCAGUAACACUAAAACUUUAACAAUUGAAAGCCAUGGACGUAUAAAUACAAGGAUAGUUAAAAAGCUAUAUGACCAAAAGGGACCAAGUAAGAAUAGCCAAAUUCAUCAACGGUCAACUUUGACUGAGGAAGUUGGAACUUUAGUUUCUUAAUGAUUUCUCAAUUGAUCAAAGGCUAACAUACUUUAAAGGAAUUGAGUCAACUAAUAAGCAAACAAUGAAGACUUGAUGAUAAGUUAAUUGUUUACAGGGUAUAUAAAAAAGAGAAUGCAUUUUGAAAUACAUUUAUGUGGUAUAUUUAGUAUUGGUAUCAUAUAUAUGUAUCAUGCAGUAAAUUUAGGCUUGACAAAUUAGUUUAAAUUUCUUAACUAAAUAUGCAGAACUAUUUUUAUUUCAAAAAUGAGGAUUCAUUUAAAACAAAAAAUUAUCAAGAGUUGGAUUGUGAUAUACAUUUUUGUACUUACUUUCUUAUUAUUUAGCCUUCGAAUAAAUAUCAUAUUUUUCAUGUGAAGUCUUUUGGGAAGACAAUAAAGUUGUUUUUUAAGGAAUAAAAGCAUUGUACUUUUCAUUUGGCCUUGUGAGCAUUUAUCAUUGUUUUAAAAUCAUGUUUAUGAACUGUUUUAUUUUUUGUAAGUCUUUCAUUCAGGAGAAGAAAUUAUAGGGCCAGUUUUUUAGCCUUGUGAAAAUAACAAGUAUUUCAUCAUAAUUUGGUACCAUGUACAUCAUCAGAAGUAAGCUACAACAACUUACUGUAAAUUCAGAAAAUAUUGCGUGCAUUUAUUAUUGCGAUUUUGUCACUUUAGACUAAAAUGCGAUUUUAAUUUUUGCGAUAUUGAGAAAAAUCCUGUUUAAUUCAUAUAAAAAAAUUUCAAAAUGCGAGUUUAAAUUAUUGCGUUAAUAACCCUGUCGCAUUUUUCGCAAUAAUAAAAACAUCGCAAUAAUUUCUGAAUUUACAGUACACCAAAGUUUUAAAUACACAUGUUUCCAUUGGCAUUUCAUAUAUUUGAUUAUGGUCAAAGAUCAAAAUAACUUAGUUAUACCCUUUUUUUCAUUGGUCGAUUGAUUGUUGUUUGUUUGAUUCCAAGUUGAUCAAAUUAAAAGUGUUUAUAUUUUUGAAAAAUGAAAUCAUGUGUGCUGAUGCAUAUUAGGGGUUUUCCAUGGUAUUAUUAAAUGGGGUGUUACAGCAAAUUAUUCUUGUUCAAGUUAUCCAUUCUAUUCAUUACAGUCAUAUUUAGUAAACCUUUCCCAGAUGUAAUUUCAGGAUUCAGAAUUAUAAAUUGAAGCUUAGUUCUUUCCCUUGCUAGAAAUCCUAAUGGUUCUAGCAGUACAAUGAAAUGGUGAGAAACAAACAAAAUUAUGUACUACUUUUUAUUACUAACAUUUUAAAAUUUAUAAUUCAGAUUGUUUAGUAGUUUGUAUAAAGCAAAAACAAUCAAACAUUGGUUUUAAAGUUGCAUAAACUGAAUAUUCAUUACAAUAGUAGCAGGGAUUUGAAGCAGGGCUCUGCCUAAGUCCUUUGCUCCGCAUUGUUGCAAACCAGUACAACUUACCAACAGUGAAUACUACUACAUAUGGCUUUCAUUAAACCUUGGUUUACAUUACAAUACUUCAUAUUAUAAAUAACUGUUUUACAUUUAAAUAUGACAGUAAAUCCUUUCUGAACCAAACCCCUAUGAAAAUGAAGAUUUUGUUUAGAUUAUACAGCAGUUAGGCUCCCACAUGUUUGAUAAUUGAAGAAAAAUCACUAUGUCCUGAUUCAAGAAUUUUGUUUCUGGUUUAUGCAGGGUUUAGUUUAAACUUGUUUCACUGUAAUAGCUUAUAACUAUUUAUGUAUUUCUUAUUUUAUUUGGUAAAAACCUGCAUAUUGCUGCUUAUCUACCCAGCUUUCUGCUUUUGUCAGAAAUAAAAUUAUUUUUAGUCCAGUCUUGCCAUCUAUCAUAAAACCUUACUAUUAAGAGGCUAGAGCAUAUAGUAUAACAUUCUAUAUAUUUUUGAGGUAAUGUUCCUAUUCUAAGGUACAAAAGAUUUUUCUAUAAUUUUGUUCAUAGAUUUUCCCAAUAACUACAAAUGUGGAUUUAGGUAAUCGUAGAAAGAAAAAAAAAAUGGCAUCAAAUCGUCCUAGCUAUUUUUAUCAUUUCAAAUUUCACCCCUCUUUCCUCAAACACAGGAUCCACCCAGAAUUAAGCCAAUCAAACAGUUGAAGGACUCUAUUGCUUCAAAUUAUUAGCUGAUUAACACUAAUUAGUAGUUAAGAGCAUGUGCCUGUGAUAUAAGGCUUCAGUUGCUAUUGAAUGAGUUACACCAUAACAAGUCUUAUCCCACACAUUUUUCAGUUGAAGAAGGUUGUAAUCAAAUCCCACUUCAGGCUUGUUCUUGUGCAUAAGGAAUGGAUAAGAGAAAAAGACAAAAUGUUAUAUCUCUGACACUCUUAAGAUAAGAUUUCCAGCCAAUCCUGAUUUGGUUAAGCUUCACCAGAUACUUUAGAUCUUAUACUUUUGUUUAUGCUGUUUGCAAUUCUCUGUAAGUACAAAAUUGAAAUGAUCUUGUUCCUAUUGAGACAGCUUUUAUUUCUAUACCAUAAUUUGCUUACUGUUGUCAGACCACUGAUGCCAAAUUUUUCAUUGAUUGUAGCCAAUUAUUUACUGUGAAAUCAGAAAUUAUUGCGUGCAUUUAUUAUUGCGAUUUUUUAAGAAUGGACAAAAAUGAGAGAUUAAUUAUUGUGAUUUAAGGAAAACCUGCCUACAUAUAUAUAUAUCAGAUAUCAGAAUGCAAAUUCUCAUUAUUGUGAUACUCACCCAGUCACAUUAUUUGCAUUAAAAAAAAACUCACAAUAAUUUCUAAAUUUACAGCAUAUGUACUGGACACAUGUGAUACAUUGCCUCUUUAAUGAACUAAUAGUCAUGAAUUUCUGUGUCAUUUGGUCUCUUGUGGAGAGUUGUCUCAUUGGCAAUCAUACCACAUCUUCUUUUUAUAUGAAGCACUUGUUUCAUCCAUUAUCUACAUUUAUCAUGUGACUUAUUUAUACUCAAGAUAUAAUCUUGAUACAAUCUAUGUUUCAUACUUCUUCAUACCUCGAAAUAAAGAUAUGGGUAUUGGUUGGGUUUGAUACCUUCCAAUGCACUAGAUCUAUGAGGGAGACGUCCUUUUUUUCCUUUAAAAAAUUGAAAUCAUCUCUUUUUGACCUGUCACCUGCAAAGGUACAUGUAGUACAUUGAAGACCUGUUGGUGGCCUUCUGCUGUUGUCUGUUCUGUGGUCGGGUUGUUGUCUCUUUGACACAUUCCCCAUUUCCAUUCUCAAUUUUAGAAUCUCCCUUUUUUUUUAAAUACCCCCUAUCUUCACCCCCUUUUAUAAUUUGAGUUGAUUGGUAGUAUCUUCUGUUAUUGAUUUUCAUUGUAUUGCCAAAAAUGGUUAUUUGUAGAGUAAAGAAGACAUCCCAGGCCAUUAAGAAUGUUAUUUAAAAUUAAUCAAAUCCAUGUAUGGAAAAAUUAAAUUUUAUAUUUUUGUGCUGAAAUGUUAAAAAAUUCUAAUGAAAAAAAGGUUGUCAAACAUUAUCUCCCCUUUUAGUGGAGCCUGAAAAAAGAAGAUCUUCUACUUUGUAGCUCCAGAGUUUGGUGGCAGGUAUGGGUUGUAUAUGUCAUUCAUUGUAAGCUUGUCUUUUCAUGAAAAUAUUUGUGAUAUACUGGUCUUUCCAUGUUUGUUAAUAUAUUUUACUUAAAUAUUUAUAGCAAUACAAUGUUUUGAUUUCAUGCAUGUUAUUUAUUCACUUUGCUACUUAUUAGAAUAUCAGAUUUUUUAUUUUAUUCUUUUUCAUGCAGAAAACAGUUUGAUAUUAAAGUGGUUUAAGUUUGUUUUAAGCAAUAAUAUAAGCCUGCAUAACAGAAGCUUUUUGGUAUACAUAGAUGAGACAGCAAUCCAACAGCAGCAUAAAACCAAAAAUUUAUAGUUCUGUCAUCCAAAAAGACAAUUGUUUUUAGAUAUUGUGAAACUCAUCCAUAUAAUUCUUGUGAUGUGCCUCUACUAUAAAGAUCUGUAUUUGCAUUGAUUAUGUUUCACGUAUGAAACAUUUUUGUGUGUGCAAAAUGAAUAUGUCCCAUCUUUUAGUGAUUAAUUUUGCAUAUUUUCAUUUUUGCACAUUUGCUGUUAAAAAGAAAAGUGAAAAUAAAAUAAUCAUGCAUAGUUUCUGGUUCAUAGUAUGAUAAUUAAUUUUGAAAUUGAUACCACUAUUGCUUUUAUUGUUUUAGGAAAUUUUCACACUAAAAAGUUAGUGAUAGUCUUCCUGUUAAUGAUUAUUAAUAAUUCUUAAUAAUUCUUAAGAUUGCUUUGACAGCUAUCUCAAUUUCUGCACAUAUUGAGAAUCAUAAAUACCAGCCUUUUACAUGUAAUUCUGAGGGUGAUGUUGUUCAAAACAAGAAAAACAGCGUAUUGUAUGUGAUUUGAUUUGAACUUGUCUGUGAUGACUUUGGUCCUUAAUUAGCUACAUUUUGUUUAAAAAAAUUAACAUUAUUGAAUAUUUGACAACUUCUAUCCAUUUGAGUUCCCAAGUAGUUUAUUGCAGAUCUGAUUAUUUUGUACAUUUCUAUUCAAGGGAUUACCAAAAUGUAAUAACAAAAUAUGUUGCAUUAUGAACUAAUCUAUAAUUAGUAAAAUUGACGGUCUUUUGUCUCAAUUACCAUACAUGGAGGCAGGUAUGAGAGAGGUGGUAUGAUAACUAAUUCCUGAGAAAAUAAAUGCCAAAUCCUGAAUUCCCGUGAAAAUUAUGUUUCCCAAUUUUGUUUCCAUUCCCGCAUCAGGAUGUAAUUAAAUCCUCAAUUCCUGAAUUCAUGACAAUGAACUCUAUUCUGGAAUUCCCGCGAGUUAACUGGCUCAAUCCCAAAUUCCAGAAAAAGGUCCUUUCUCCCUUCAUACAUGAUAUAUUGGAUAAUAUUUAUGAUGUUAAACAGAAAUGAGUUUGGGAAAGUUCUAAGUAAUUUAUAGUGUCAAACCAAUAUCUAAGUUUUGGCAUUCUGAUACUGGCAGACCUAGCAAUUAACGUUAUCAAAUUUUGCCAAAAAACAUUGAAGAAUACAUGGCCUUUAUCGUUAAGCAUCAUAUACCCCUUUUUCAAUACCAUAAGCAUCAAAUGAGACUAAAUUUUAUGAUGUGUGGCAUCAUAUUUUAAGCUACCAGUAGCACUAAAUUUUAAGAAUUGUUUAUGGCUUACAUCAUUUAAACCAAAAAAUUACUGUAAAUCGUGGUUUGGGUUACUUCAUAAAGGCACUUGAAAAGGGUCUUAUAAACAUAAAAAUGAAAUCAGACUUUUUGAAAUACAUAUUUUGAUUCAUGUUUCAAAAGUCCAAGGUAAAUUCAAAGAGAGGCAAGUCCAUAAAACCUGACAACAUUAAACGCUUAUAUAAUUUUAGUAACAGUGCUUGGUAAAUUGAAAGAAGAAUUGAGCAUUUGCAUGAAAAAAAUGGUUAAUAAAAGUAUGAUUUGGUUGAAAAUCUGAACAUAUAUUAAAUAUAUAUAUUUUCAUAUGUUGUGUUGUUAAAAGUGACAUUUCAAUAAUUGUAGUGUCUUUUGUUAAUGAAAGUGUCAAUCUAUCAUUGUGUAAAUAAAAUGUUUAGGACUUUGUUAAGUUCCUAAUUCUAUACAAAUUGUUAAAAUGAGAUUAAAAUUAGUUGAUUUUU